AAAAUACAAAUAAAAAACGAAAUGUACCCUUCAGCCAAUGGUAAACAUAUAAUAAGAAAAAAUGCUGUAGGAACAUUAAUGAGAAUCAGUCAUUUGUUUUUUUUGGUUGGCAACUGUUUAUUGUUUCUGCAGACUCUGAGGCUCAGCCCAGUCAUUUCUGUUUGUUACAGUAAUAUGUGUACGCUGUAUGAGUAGUGAAUGCUCAGAGGUUGAGACAAAGGGAGAUGUGUAGAGGGUCGUCCCUGCCGCUGCUCCCUGGGCUGUAACAGUUUACCCAGGGUCAUGUGAUGUGGCUUGGCUUCUGUGAAAAUCCAGGUUGAGCUGAGAAGGAGCAGACCACAGUCAAUGAAACCACAUGACCUCUGACUGAGAGAGAUAUGGUUGAAACACACACACACCACACAGGCACAGACACAUUCAUCCGACAUACGCGCACGCACUCACGCACGCACACACACACACUAAACAUGAUAGGCAAAAUAUGACAUUCAGUUAACCCACAAGAGUCAAUGUAGCUCAAAAACCUGUUGUGUACAUGUCCGUAAAGAAUGUCAAUGUCAUUUCUCUCAGUCUGAUCUGAGUAUGUUUGACUGGACGGUGAAUUUAAAUAAGAACGGCUGCUGCUUACAGUGAAGAAAAUGACUGGUCCUCAGAUGAGUGUAAUGUAGUCCUAUUCACUCUGAAGUUACCUUGUCAUCAAAGCAACAGAGCAAGAGAGAGAGAGGCAGACGACAUAAGAGAGUCUUAAAGAUUGUUUUGGAACCUAAUAUCACCGUUUUUAAUGAAAAAAGAGAGACAGACAAACGGCAGUGGAAAGAAAGGGGGAGGAAGAUGGGCAAGUUUAGGGUUUUAAGCGGCACAGUGGUUCAGAGUGAACUAGGGGGGUCGUCAUAGAGAGAAAGAGAGAUAGGAGUCUUUUGAAAUGGCAGUUUCCCUUGUGACUCAUCUUUUGAAUAAUACUCUGACACACUGUGAUCCCCAGUUCAGUCACACAGUCAGAGGGUCCAGAGUCACAUCUAUCUCAUUCUCUCAUCCUCUCUGAGACACGAUGCAUCUCUUCUGGUGGAUCACCCACAUCUUUCUAUCCCUCCCUUCUCUCCUCUCUCUUGUCCAAUCCCUCACGUGCGACGAGGAGAGACAGUAUGCUUGGCCACAGUCUGUAAGCAAAUGGUGCUGCAACAAGUGUCCACCAGGUCAGCAUAUGGUGAGACGCUGCAACGGUCAGAACAGCCCUACCCAGUGUGCUGACUGCACCAGCGGCUACUAUUCAGACAGCUACAACUUCGACGGAAGCUGCAAAUCCUGCGAUGGCUGCAGCAUGAGUGAGCUGCAGUAUGUAUCUCGCUGUUCCACCAAGCAGAAUGAUGUGUGCAGCUGUAAACCAGGCUACCGCUGCAGAGGCAGUGGCAUCUGUCUGAACUGUGAGGAGAUCCCCAGCCCGAACACACCCAAACUCAUACCGACACCUCCCAUCAUGCCAGCUACAGUGUCAAACCACUCGGUGCCUGGUAACUCUAAUCAUAGACUUAAACCUGUCACCAAACCUGCUACCUGGCCCAACACAAAACCAAACCAAGAUGAUAGCAAGUGGCUCCCAGUGUGUUUGUCUGCAGUGUGUGUGUGUCUACUGCUCACCUGCCUUGUUGCCAUCUCAAAGCUCAAACCUGUUCUGCGAUGGAUUGGUUCAACAAACAGCUUCUGGUCUCCCAAAAAGACUACUCCAGCGAAUCAGAGCACAGUGGAGGAGGAAGUGCCCAUGCCGAUCCAGGAAGUGUGUGGAAAGCCAGAGCUGCUACUGGACGUAUGAUGGAGGAAGUGGGUGUCGAAGGAAAGGAUGAGAACUCACAAGCGAGCUGGGAGACCCAGGAGACAAACAGACUACCUCACAUUCCCAUUGAUGUGAAACUAACCUGAAGGCUAGACAGGCUGCUGUAUUGUUUUAAUGCAGUGGCUUCUGUUCUAGGCCUUUCAGAGAGGACAAGAAAAUAGGACAAAAAGACACUUUGUAGUAUGAAAACACAGGCUAAAGAUGAGAGGGAGUCUGUGACCGAGAAAGAGCAGAGAGUGAGAUUGAGAAACGAAGAGUGAACAAGAGAGAGAGAGACAGACAGACAGACAGACAGACAGACAGACAGACAGACAGACAGACAGACAGACAGACAGACAGACAACCUCAUUUGUGUGCUGAAUACAUGUACUGUACAUGUUUAUGUUGAAGAUGUUUUACAUCUUCAUUACAAUUAUGCUUUUUGCUGUAUCUAUGCUUUAUGCUAGUGUUAACUCUUACAUAGUAGUGGCUGUUUAAAACAUACAGUGCUGUAUUUUAAAUAAAGAACAGAAUCACAAAUGUUA